AUCGGCCUCUGUUCGACGCCUUUCUCUCUCAGAGCGGAUUUUCGGUCGUUCUGCCGCGGACUAUCAUGCGCUUCCAGCGGAAGAAGCUCCACACUCAGGGCUCAGAUCUCCUGUGCGCAUGCCACCUUCGACAUCCUCUUCGGAUGAUACAUUACAAUCCGACCAGAUGGCGCCAAUCGCAAGGGCUGGACCUAUUGUUCGUGCAGCUCGGGCCGCAAUAAGUAGGCGAGCGACACCACCUGCCGAGAGUCAUCUCCGUGCAUGCUCAAUAUAGUGUAUGCACUAUUGGAUGGGCCUCUAUUGCGCCAUAAACAGAGCAGGUACGGCCCUCCUUUUCCUUGUGGAUGGUUCAGCUAAUGCGCGCAUAGCUACCGGUGGGAAGGGCCGGUUUGUGCAGACGAGGCCGAGGAUCUUGGUCAGGCGGCACCCCCUGCUUCUCUCGAUCAUGCGCGAACGGACGCUUGAAUUCUCUUCUCACAGCGUUCGUCAUGUCUGCACUGCCUCUUGUCGCCUACGAAUCACCUGCACGGUCACAUGCUCCUCCCUGCCCUUGCCGGGGGCGAAGAGAGGCCGUGCACCAUAUGAACUAGGUCGUCGGAGAACAUCAAGCGUCCGAUUAGAACGCGUUCACAUCCUCGAGACUCCCAAGGGCUUAACGUGUCUGCUGCGCCAUUUGCUGCAAAAGGAAUGAUUGCUGUGCUGGCAUGCCGAUCUGCUGCCGCAUUGAGAACCUCCGUGGGUUGUACAUCUCAUGUGCAUUUAAUACAAUUUGCUGCAAAAUACAUUAUGCAAUGUCGUAA